CUCUAAGAUAAUAGUGUGUCGUUCCCUUUAAUAAUGUCAACAUAUAAGGAUGUUAGUAGUCCGUUGUACACGAAUGAAGAAAAAGGAAUUGAUGAGAUUUUGUUUCAUGGUGGGACAUCUUUGCAUGCUUUAAAUAGUAUUGCAAAACGACCACCUAUUAAUGUCUUUUUUAGAGAUAUUGAAUACACCGUCAGUUCAUUUCGAGAUAAACGUCAAAUAUUGCACAGUAUUUCUGGGGAAUUUCGUUCUGGGGAAUUAACUUGCAUCCUGGGCCCUUCAGGCGCCGGCAAGUCCUCACUUCUUCACAUCCUGACAGGAUAUAACCAAAAUGGUGUCAAAGGAACAAUACAAAUUAAUGGCACAGAUCGUGAUAUGAGGAUAUUUAAGAAACUAAGUUGUUAUAUCAUGCAUGAUGAUAUUCUGCAACCAAGGCUCACAACUUUAGAGUCAAUGCGAAUUGCUGCGGAGUUGAAGUUAGGACCAGAAAUAAAAAAAGCGAACAAGAAAGUAAUUGUUACGGAGAUAUUACAAACAUUGGGGCUAUGGAGGCAAAGGCACACUAUGUGUGAACGACUUUCCGGUGGCCAAGCAAAACGUCUAGCUAUUGCUUUGGAAUUAGUUAACAAUCCUCCAGUUAUUUUCCUGGAUGAACCAACUUCAGGAUUGGACGUGGUGUCGGUGAGACAGCUAUUGCUUUUGCUGCGUCUGCUGUCUCGUCAAGGUCGAACUAUUAUAUGUACAAUUCAUCAACCCUCGGCAUCAUUAUUUAAUCUUUUUGACAAUGCUUACGUGAUAUGUGGAGGACAAUGUUGUUAUCAGGGUGCCCCUUCUCAAUUGGUGCCGUUUUUAGCAGAGGCACAAUAUAUUUGCCCACCAUCACACAAUCCGGCUGAUUUUGUGAUUGAAACUCUUGCUGCAGAAAUAACAGCAAGAAACAAAAUGUCAGACUUAUGUCAAAAUGGAAAAAUAUGCAGAUGGUCUAAGGACAUGUCGGUUCAAUUAAGUGAUUUAGAAGAAUCUGGAAACAAUAAAUGUAUGGAACAAGUAAACAAAGAUAAAUCUUUGAAUUUGGAAUUUCCUACAUCAUUUUGCACACAAUUUUUAAUUCUGAUUAAAAGAUUAUAUAUACAGAGUAAACGUAAACAGCUUAAUUGGUUUAUACAAUUAAUGCAGUACAUACUAUGUGGACUUUUUAUUGGUGGCAUAUUUUAUAUGGUUGGUAAUGAAGGCAGUACACCAAUGGCUAACUUCAAAUGUUAUAUUUGCAUAACUGUGUUUAUAAUUUACACUUAUACGAUGGUUCCUAUUUUACUCUUACCGAUGGAAAUAAGAAUUAUUCGACGGGAGUAUUUCAACAGAUGGUAUGGACUUAAGGCUUAUUAUGCUGCUCUAACGUGCUCUACAAUACUACCAGCGAUAUUUUUUGGAAUGAUUUUCAUAACCAUGACUUAUUUGAUGACGGGGCAACUAUUCGAAUGGCAUCGAUUUAUUUCAUUUUCAAUAGUGGGACUCUUAACAGGUUUCUGUUCUGAAGGUCUUGGUUUACUUAUUGGAACAAUAAUGAAUGGCACAAAUGGGGCUAUAUUAGGGCCUUCUAUAAUAUCGCCACUCUUAGUAUUGUGCUGCUAUGGCAUGGGUUUCGGGAGGCACAUAGAGCCAGGAAUGAGGUUCCUUAUGCACUUCUCGUACUUGCGAUAUGGUAUUACUGGAAUGACUCUGCCAUUGUACCAAAAUCGUACUAGAAUGCAUUGCUCCGAAGAUGCGUGUGUAUACGGAGAUCCGAUAUAUGUACUACAAGAACUCGGAAUGGCCGAAGAUACGUAUAUAAUACAAAUUCUUGGGUUAUCUGUAUUCAUUGUACUGUUUAGGGCAAUAGCUUAUUUCACGUUACGUCAUCGUCUAGCUAAUGAAUAUUCAAACAGUAUUAUUUAACAUUUUACUCUUUUUUAUUUAAUUUUGUAUACAUUUAAAUUGUAUUUUUAACUUAAAUUAUAAAGAUUUAAACUAACAUUUUUAACUAAUAAAGUAAGCAGCGAUACCGUAUUGAAAGACAAGAGAAACAAAAGCUGGCAACGGAAACCUAAAAUUUGCAAAGGGUAAGAUUUAGUAAGCCUCUAGUAAGUGGCAGUUAAUUAAACUCUCGAAAUUAAACCGAACAGAGCCUGUCAAACUUUGCUAUGUUUUGGGCACUAAGUUUUCAGUUGUCAAGAGCUUUAGUUAUAUACAUAAGCCAAAAUACUAAAAAUAUUAUUAAUUAACAA